CUGGAGCCGAGUACGUCCUCGUCCGUCGAGUAGGCACCGAUGCGGUGGUGCCGCCGUCCUUUACGCUGCGGCGGUGUGCUCCAACGCCACACGUGCACUUCUCAUGAUUCGCUUCAAGUGGUUGCUGUGCGCUAGCAUCGCUUUCAUCCUCGUCGACGGACAGAGCACCGAGACUCCCAAGAGCUGCUGUGCAACUUGCUUGGACACGAUCACCAAGUUCCAUUACGACCCCACGAAAUGGUCCGAGUGCGUCAAGGAGACCGCGUGUUGUUUCUGUAGCUCGCCAGACCCCGGGUCGCCGACGUUUGACCCAGUGCCGCCUCUCGUCCGCAACGUCCCGCAGCUCAAGCAAGGCGAGAUGCUUCAGUUCGCAUGGCCGGGGGUGCUCAACGUAACGUACGUAUUCCAGCAAGGAAACAAGACUGCCCUUCCCAAACUUAAGGAUCCCUUCAUGAAGCACGACGGGGACAUCUUUUUUGCAUGUUUUGACUCCGUCGGUACGCUCUACUUCCGCGGGUGGUCCAAGGACCCAUGCAUGAGCGCCUCGUCGGAGAAAGUGGUGCGAAUCGUCGCCAGCAAUAACCCCGAGGCGUCCUGCAGCUCAUCGACGACCCCUGCUCCGACGAAACGGGGUGCAUGCAACUUACAGCGCGCUGCACUCCGAGCAAACGGAGAUUGUGUCUGUUCGUGGCUAGAAUUCUCGAACCCACCAGACUGCACUGACCCGUCCAUCUACAAGAUUGGCGCGAUUGCGACCAGCGCAACGGCGGGGUUGGUUGCAGUUUUAUCUGCGCUUUUCAAAUGCUGGAAGAAACAGCGUCGGCGAAAGCAAACUGACGUCGGAGCCGCUCGUGCUGAGAAGGACGAGAGCUCCGGCGACGUGUCAGUGACGACCUCGAGUUAUGCUGUCGACCGUGCCAACUACACGAGCCAUCAUCGGACCCUCGCUCCGACGUAAUGCAAAUUCGCCAAUAGAGUCGUCGACAGUGCCC